AUGUUUAAAGGUGGUUAUGGUGGCGGAGGUUCUGCUUUUAGUUUCUAUGAUACUAAUCUAAGUUAUGGUUCGGGAAGUGGUGGUGGUCAAACCGCUGUCAAAUUCCUGUCAAAUGACCUUUGGCAUCGUGUGAUUGUAGCUGGCGCUGGGGGUGGUUCUGAUAAUUAUUAUUAUAUUGAUGCAUAUAAUACCAACGAUGAUGGAUCAGGAGGAUCAGGCGGUGGCUUUACAGCCCAAGGGUACUGGGAAAAUGGGAUUUAUAAUUCAGCCAGGUUAGCUAAUUCAACAUUCGGUUUUACAUUUGGAUCCGGAGAAUCAGCUCAAAAAGACAAAUCCAAAAAUCCUCAAGGAGUUCAAAGCGGAAUUGGUUAUUCUGAUAGACCAGGUGCCGGAAGCGGCUGGUUUGGUGGAUUUGCAGGUCUCAACGGAAACGGAGGUUCAGGAGGAGGAAGUUCAUGGGCACUCUCGAAGAAUGCAAUCAUCCCUCAAGGAAACAUUACAGCAACAGAUAGCUUUUACAACAUAAAUGAUAGUCGUCCAUAUUCAUUCAGUCUUGAUAAUGGAUAUCUUUUUAGUGAUGUCAAGACAUAUCCUGGCAUCUGGGAAGGCAACGGUCGUCUUAUUAUCACAAUUCUGGACAGCAUCAUCUAUCCUUCUUGUGUUUCUAUCAAUCGCUCACACUUUUCAUAUUUCCUUUUAUUUAUUUUAUUUUUCGAAACACAAUCAUAG